GCGUCAUGGUGAAGUCAGAUUGUUCCAUAUAAGGAGGUGGGGUUUGGAGAAUUGAUCGGGCCACAUCAAGAAAAGCACCCAGAUGUUGUACUGAACUAGUGCAGAGUAGGCUCUCGACAAGGAUACAGCAACAGUAGGCUACCAGCUGAACUAUCAUAAACGGUAUUAAGAGUUAUAAUUUCCACUCCUGUUUAUUACAAUGGACUGCGCUUUUGAUCACUUGGAUGCUGUUGGUUUUCUGGAGAUUUGGCACCACUUUGAUGCAGACGGUGAGAAUUAUCAAUAUUAUAACCCAACCAUGCGAGUUAUGAUUUGAUAACUUGAUAUAUGUUAUUUUUGAUGCAAAAAUAUGUUCUUUAUGUAAAGAAAAUGUUUAAAAUGUAUUCUAAAACUAACGAGAGAGUAUUUUCAAUGUUGUUCAUGGUUCUACAGAUAACGGUUACAUUGAAGGGAAGGAGUUGGAUCAAUUUUUCCGUCACAUGAUGACGAAAUUAGGUCCGGAGGUAAGUACACAUCUUUUCCCCUCUAUCUUUUGUCUAUUCUAUUAGCAGACUAAUAAUGCCCAACACAUUUGAAGCACAGCAGGUGCAUUUAGUCUAUUUGCGAGUACUGCCAGAAACUAGUGUGCCCCUUUAUAAAUGAUUCAUAACAGAUAUAUUAUGAUUAUAAAUAUCCACUUCUAAAUAUGGCUCACUGGUCCUCUAAAAAGUGUAAUCGGAAGUUCCUUUAUUGCAGAUAGCAUACAAUGUUUUAAAGGCUCUGCCUCUGGUGUAUUGUAAGUGGUGUGUCAAUGUUGCCACUAUGGGAGAUUGCCAACAACAUCUUAUUUUUGUGUUAAGUAUUUACAGUCGAUCAAUUUACUUUGUCUAGGUGAGUUAAGAAAAUGAUUCAAUGGCCUACUACUGAUGAUUGAGCAGUAAAUAAAACUAUGGGUUUAUACAGGAAAACAGCCAGUACUUUUCCCAUGUAUUGUGCAUUAAAGGGCAGGGGUAUCUUUAGUUAUAGCUCUGUUCAAACAAAGGCUCUAUUCAAACUUUUAGUAUGUGUUUGUCUUUUUCCUGAGUGGGUUGAGCUGCUGUCCAGAUGGGCUUAAGGAUAACAUUAGGAUGCUACAGGCAUCAGCCAACACAAUUAUGGGGAUGCGUCCCAAAUGUCUCCCUAUUCCAUAUAUAGUGCACUACUUUUGACCAGAGCCCAUAGUGCACUAAAUAGGGAAUAGGGUGCCAUUUGGGACACAGUGUUGGUGUUCUGACUAUCUUCACAGUGGGUAGUCAGAGGGAAGUGAUGGUUAUGGUGUUUUUAAUGGUUCAUGCUUUAACAAAUGGAUGUGUAGAAAACAAAAUAUUGUUGUGAUAUUGUUAAAAUACACUACCGGUCAAAAGUUUUAGAACACCUACUCAUUCAAGGGUUUUUCUUUAUUUGUACUAUUUUCUACAUUAUAUAAUAACAGUGAAGACAUCAAAACUAUGAAAUAACACAUAUGAAAUCAUGUAGUAACCAAAAAAGUGUUAAACAAAGUCUGUCAAUACUGAUAUCUGACUCCAUAAAGAUGAUUUAGUAAUAUGCAUGAGACUAUGGUUGAGUUACAGUAAUAGGCUAUCAAGAAAGGUAUGAGAAUGGAAUACUAAAGGAAAGUAGAUUUAAUUACAUUGUAAAAACGAACGAUUCACAUAAGCUUAAGUUACAAUGCAAUACCAGCAUUAUAAGAUUAUUAUAGGCAUGAUCAGAGAGGGAGAGCAAGAGAGAGAAGUCACAGCAUGAAAAGCCAUGCCCCAAGAGGCCAUGGGAAGGAGAGAGAAGGAGAGAGCGUGUAUCUCACCACAGCAGGUCAGGAACAAAAAGAGAAAAACAGAAUUAAUCUAAGACCCCUUUAUAACACCUGCUUUGUUGACCAAUAGGAUACUGUGAAAGUGAACUUCCAAUCAGAACAACAUACCUACAGGAUGUAAAAAAAGUAAGGAGUCAUAGUAACCGUGUUAGCUGUUGUUCUCGUCUCUCUCUGCCUGCAGGAUAAGGUAACAGAGGAGAGGGUCCAGAGGCUGAAGCAGAGGUUCAUGUCAGCCUAUGAUGUCACCGCAGACGGACGCCUGCAGAUCCAGGAGGUAAUGUCAACAGAUGGAUAGGUGGGAAACCUAUAGCUAUAACAAUCUUAGGUACAGCCAACAGAACAUGGACAUCUCUGAGAGCCAUGAGUGACACAAGCUGAAAAAUGGCACAGGAACCUCAAGCUGUACUUCAUAGGAGAGAGGAGGGGGAUUGAGAGAGAGAGAGAGAGAGAGAGAGGUACCAAUGUUCAAUCCGAAAGUUUGCAACAGAAAAAGUGCUUUCAUCCACUUUCAAAAGAAGACCAAUUAAUUUGACCACAAAUCUCAAAGGCUUCCAGCUUUUAUAAGUGGGGGGAAAUGAUCAAUAUAUUUGUGUGGUUUCUGUGUGACGUUUUACAGUAUAUGGGAGUGAUCACUCACAGUAAACACUCUGUCAGCCAUCUGAAGUUGGCAGACAAGCCACACAGUCUCUUUGUGUGGUUGAUGUGGAGAGUGCAGCGCUAGCAGCUAAGGGACGGGCAAUGAAACCACCUAAUGGGAUGAACAAUAUACAGUUUGUAGAGAUGGACUGAUAGGUACUCAAACAAGACCCUUAUAUUACUUGUUUAAUGUUCAGCAUAUAUGACAGCCAAUUGCAUGACCAGAUUCAUCUUACACAUAAAUCAGCAUAAAUCACCUUUCAUAGUUUUUUCUAAAAUGAGUUAUUUUUGGACAGUAUUCUUGGUGCAUAGUGCUGCAGUAGUAACCUACAGCUGGGAUGGGAUGUAUCCUCAUGGUCUCUCUCUCUCUCUCUCUCUCUCUCUCUCUCUCUCUCUCUCUCUCUCUCUCUCUCUCUCUCUCUCUCUCUCAAUGUAAUCCUCUAAUGCAGUGCAAAUAUAAUUAAGACUAAGAGGGGGCUGCACACAAUCCCGUUGGGCACUCAGUACGGUUAGAUCUGGAUGCCUGCCAGGGACACAGUUAGUGGGUCUGAUGUAUUGCUGCCACGUCACUGGCAUCAUACUUCACGGUCUCUCUGGGAAAAAGGUGCAGCUUCAGUGAUUCAGUUAGAGAGGAGCGAAGCAACAGUUAGAGACAUUGACUCUCGGCUUGUUGCAUGGGAGGUCAGCUGGGCUGGGAGAGACUCACUGCACAGCUGCUGCUGUCUUAAGGAUGGUUUCUCUCUCAUCUUACUUCCACUGAUAUCUUGCUGAUAACUGUGGUGCAAUUAUCGGGAUAUGCGGUUGAAUGCACUUUACUUGAAUUCACAUAUUGUAAGUGACUCUGGAUAAGAGCAUCUGCUAAAUGUUAAUUAAGCAAUAGGGCAUGAGGGGGUGUGGUAUAUGGCCAAUAUACCACGGCUAAGGGCUGUUCUUAAGCAUGACACAAUGCGGAGUGCCUGGAGACAGCCCUUAGCCGUGGUAUAUUGGCCAUAUACCACAAACCCCCAAGGUGCUUUAUUGCUAUUAUAAACUGGUUACCAACUUAAUUAGAGCAGUAAAAAUAAAUGUUUUGUCAUACCCGUGGUAUAUGGUCUGAUAUACCACAGCUGUCAGCCAAUCAGCAUUCAGGGCUCGAACCACCCAGUUUAUAAUGUUUAUUUGAUUGUGUUGCAGUUGGCCAUGAUGAUCCUGCCAGAGGAUGAGAACUUCCUCCUGGUGUUCCGCAGGGAAGCCCCUCUGGACAACAGUGUAGACUUUAUGAAGGUAAGAAGCCCCUCUGGACAACAGUGUAGACUUUAUGAAGGUGAGAGAAGCCCCUCUGGACAACGUGUAGACUUUAUGAAGGUGAGAGAAGCCCCUCUGGACAACAGUGUAGACUUUAUGAAGGAAAGAAGCCCCUUUGGACAACAGUGUACACUUUAUGAAGGUGAGAGAUGCCCCUCUGGACAACAGUGUAGACUUUAUGAAGGUAAGAUGCCCCUCUGGACAACAGUGUAGACUUUGGUGAGGUUAUAUUGAUGUCAAUUGGAGAUUUAUGUAAAAUGUGUGUGCAGAUCUCAUAUUAGGAUUCUGCCAUUAGUGAGUAUAUGUGAUACAGGAAGAAAACCUGCAGUUGGAUGUUCAGGAAAGGUCUGUGUGGUGAUCUGUUGGAAUGGUCUGUGUGGUGAUCUGUUGGAAUGGUCUGUGUGGUGAUCUGUUAGAAUGGUCUGUGUGGUGAUCUGUUGGAAUGGUCCGUGUGGUGAUCUGUUGGAAUGGCCUGUUUGGUGAUCUGUGUACCUGCCAGAUCUGUAGAACAAGAUAUGUGAGAUAUAAUUAGUAAUUUACGGAAAGUAUGUUCGCAGUUCCUUGUUCUAUGUUUUUUGGUGUGGCUAUCACAGUAACUCUGAAGAAGACAAAGAACUCAGCAUCACCUCAACUGGAUAAGCACCUUAAUGCGUACUAAAGUCAUUGGUGGCAGGUAUUUGUAUUUACAGCAGUAGUAACUGAUUGUCCUUCUUGUCUCUGUAGAUCUGGAGAAAGUAUGAUGCUGACAGCAGUGGAUACAUAUCAGCUGUAGAGCUGAAGGUAAUGUUGUUUAACUCCACUCCUACACACAGAAGGUAAUGUUGUUUAACUCCACUCCUACACACAGAAGGUAAUGUUGUUUAACGCCACUCCUACACACAGAAGGUAAUGUUGUUUAACUCCCACUCCUACACACAGAAGGUAAUGUUGUUUAACUCCACUCCUACACACAGAAGGUAAUGUUGUUUAACGCCACUCCUACACACAGAAGGUAAUGUUGUUUAACUCCCACUCCUACACACAGAAGGGAAUGUUUUUUUAACUCCACUCCUACACACAGAAGGUAAUGUUGUUUAACUCCCACUCCUACACAUAGAAGGUAGUGUUGUUUAACUCCCACUCCUACACACAGAAGGUGAUGUUGUUUAACUCCCACUCCUACACACAGAAGGUAAUGUUGUUUAACUCCCACUCCUACACACAGAAGGUAAUGUUGUUUACCUCCCACUCCUACACUCAGAAGGUGAUGUUGUUUAACUCUCACUCCUACACACAGAAGGUAAUGUUGUUUAACUCCACUUCUGCACACAGAAGGUAAUGUUGUUUAACUCCCACUCCUACACACAGAAGGGAAUGUUUUUUUAACUCCACUCCUACACACAGAAGGUAAUGUUGUUUAACUCCCACUCCUACACAUAGAAGGUAGUGUUGUUUAACUCCCACUCCUACACACAGAAGGUGAUGUUGUUUAACUCCCACUCCUACACACAGAAGGUAAUGUUGUUUAACUCCCACUCCUACACACAGAAGGUAAUGUUGUUUAACUCCCACUCCUACACACAGAAGGGAAUGUUUUUUAACUCCACUCCUACACACAGAAGGUGAUGUUGUUUAACUCCCACUCCUACACACAGAAGGUGAUGUUGUUUAACUCCCACUCCUACACACAGAAGGUGAUGUUGUUUAACUCCCACUCCUACACACAGAAGGUAAUGUUGUUUACCUCCCACUCCUACACACAGAAGGUAAUGUUGUUUAACUCCCACUCCUACACACAGAAGGGAAUGUUUUUUAAACUCCACUCCUACACACAGAAGGUAAUGUUGUUUAACUCCCACUCUUACACAUAGAAGGUAGUGUUGUUUAACUCCCACUCCUACACACAGAAGAUAAUGUUGUUUAACUCCACUCCUACACACAGAAGGUAAUGUUGUUUAACUCCACUUCUGCACACAGAAGGUAAUGUUGUUUAACUCCCACUCCUACACACAGAAGGGAAUGUUUUUUAAACUCCACUCCUACACACAGAAGAUAAUGUUGUUUAACUCCACUCCUACACACAGAAGGUAAUGUUGUUUAACUCCACUUCUGCACACAGAAGGUAAUGUUGUUUAACUCCCACUCCUACACACAGAAGGGAAUGUUUUUUUAACUCCACUCCUACACACAGAAGGUAAUGUUGUUUAACUCCCACUCCUACACACAGAAGGUGAUGUUGUUUAACUCCCACUCCUACACACAGAAGGUAAUGUUGUUUAACUCCCACUCCUACACACAGAAGGUAAUGUUGUUUACCUCCCACUCCUACACUCAGAAGGUGAUGUUGUUUAACUCCCACUCCUACACACAGAAGAUAAUGUUGUUUAACUCCACUCCUACACACAGAAGGUAAUGUUGUUUAACUCCACUUCUGCACACAGAAGGUAAUGUUGUUUAACUCCCACUCCUACACACAGAAGGGAAUGUUUUUUUAACUCCACUCCUACACACAGAAGGUAAUGUUGUUUAACUCCCACUCCUACACAUAGAAGGUAGUGUUGUUUAACUCCCACUCCUACACACAGAAGGUGAUGUUGUUUAACUCCCACUCCUACACACAGAAGGGAAUGUUUUUUAACUCCACUCCUACACACAGAAGGUGAUGUUGUUUAACUCCCACUCCUACACACAGAAGGUGAUGUUGUUUAACUCCCACUCCUACACACAGAAGGUAAUGUUGUUUAACUCCCACUCCUACACACAGAAGGUAAUGUUGUUUACCUCCCACUCCUACACUCAGGAGGUGAUGUUGUUUAACUCCCACUCCUACACACAGAAUCACCACUGACCAAACAAGACACAUAAGGGGGAUGCCUCAGUGUUGUCACUGAUUUCUCUGUGAGAUAUGGAAUGAAUGUGGAUGUUGUGUUCAAGCCCUACAAGAAAGAAAAGAAAGAAAGACGGAACGAAAAGAGAGACAGAUUACACAAUCUAUUAUUCUAUCAGUCUUCCCCAGCAUCCUUCACUCUACAGAGACCUCAGCCUUCUCCAGCCUCCUUCACUCUACAGAGACCUCAGCCUUCUCCAGCCUCCUUCACUCUACAGAGACCUCAGUCUUCCCCAGCAUCCUUCACUCUACAGAGACCUCAGUCUUCCCCAGCAUCCUUCACUCUACAGAGACCUCAGCCUUCUCCAGCCUCCUUCACUCUACAGAGACCUCAGUCUUCCCCAGCCUUUCACUCUACAGAGACCUCAGUCUUCCCCAGCCUCCUUCACUCUACAGAGACCUCAGUCUUCCCCAGCCUCCUUCACUCUACAGAGACCUCAGUCUUCCCCAGCCUCCUUCACUCUACAGAGACCUCAGUCUUCCCCAGCCUCCUUCACUCUACAGAGACCUCAGUCUUCCCCAGUCUCCUUCACUCUACAGAGACCUCAGUCUUCCCCAGCCUCCUUCACUCUACAGAGACCUCAGUCUUCACCAGCCUCCUUCACUCUACACUCAUACAAAAAAAGGUGGUAUCUAGAACCUUAAAGGGUUCUUCGGCUGUCCCCAUAGGAGAACCCUUUGAAGAACCCUUUUUGGUUGCAAGUAGAACCCUUUUGGGCUCCAUGUAAAACCAAAAAGGGUUCUACCUGGAACCAAAAAGGGUUCUACAUAGAACCAAAAAUUGUUCUCCUAUGGGGACAGCCAAAGAACCCUUUUGGAACCAUUUUUCCUAAGAGUGUACUUUGUGAAGGUGAAGGUUUAGGUGGAGGUGUAUAGUUGUAAUAAAUAAACAGAAGGAAACCUCCUUACAAAAGGGACAUCUUCAGUAGUGGCCUUGGAGGUUGCAGCUGAGCAGUGGGGUCCUUCUGCAUUUCUCUUUAAACAAUUCUCUGUUUCUUUAUAUUUAUCAAACCAUGUUAGAUCUGAUUUCAGUGAAUCAGGAAAUAAACCAAUAAACCAUGCCCUUUUUAUCUCUUCUCUCCUUCUUUGUAAACAGGGUUUCCUGAAGGACUUGUUCCAGCAGCACGGGAAGGCUGUGUCCUCCAGCAAACUGGAUGAGUACACAGACGCAAUGGUAAAACAACAGUCUCGUAGCCCUUUCCUGCAGUCAAAUGACCAAAUCGCCCCCUAGUGGCCUCAUUGGUGGAAUGUUAUUAAUAUUUGUCAUAAUUUCAUAAUUAAUAAAUACUAUUUCAAAACAAAUGCUGAAAAUGUUAUUCCUCUUGGUUCCUGGAGGUACUAAAGACAUCCUCUUGGUUUCUGGAGGAACAUAGGGCCUGCACUAAAGUUAUACUCUUGGUUCCUGGAGGAACAUAGGGCCUGUACUAAAGAUAUCCUCUUGGUUCCUGGAGGAACAUAGGGCCUGUACUAAAGUUAUCCUCUUGGUUCCUGGAGGAGGAUAGGGCCUGUACUAAAGAUAUCCUCUUAGUUCUUGGAGGGACAUAGGGUCUGUACUAAAGUUAUCCUCUUGGUUCCUGGAGGAAGAUAGAGCCUGUACUAAAGAUAUCCUCUUGGUUCCUGGAGGGACAUAGGGCCUGUACUUUUGACUCCCGAGUGGCGCAGUGGUCUAAGGCACUGCAUCGCAGUGCUAGCUGUGCCACUAGAGAUCCUGGUUCGAGUCCAGGCUCUGUCGCAGCCGGCCGCGACCGGGAGACCCAUGGGCGGCACACAAUUGGUCCAGCGUCGUCCAAGGUAGGGGAGGGUUUGGCCGGCAGGAAUGUGGGUUUGUUUCCCACGGGGGGCCAGUAUGAAAAAAUGUAUGCAUUCACUAACUGUAAGUCGCUCUGGAUAAGAGUGUCUGCUAAAUGACUAAAAUGUAAAAAUAAUGUACUAAAUAUAUCCUCUUGGUUCCUGGAGGAGGAUAGGUACUAAAGUUAUCCUCUUGGUUCCUGGAGGGACAUAGGGCCUGUACUAAAGAUAUCCUCUUGGUUCCUGGAGGAAGAUAGAGCCUGUACUAAAUAUAUCCUCUUAGUUCCUGAAGGAAGCUGUACUAAAGAUAUCCUCUUGGUUCCUGGAGGAAGAUAGGGCCUGUACUAAAGAUAUCCUCUUGGUUCCUGGAGGAAGCUGUACUGAAGAUAUCCUCUUGGUUCCUGGAGGAAGCUGUACUAAAGAUAUCCUCUUGGUUCCUGGAGGAAGCUGUACUAAAGAUAUCCUCUUGGUUCCUGGAGGAAGCUGUACUAAAGAUAUCCUCUUGGUUCCUGGAGGAAGAUAGGGCCUGUACUAAAUAUAUACUCUUGGUUCCUGGAGGAAGAUAGGGCCUGUACUAAAGAUAUCCUCUUGGUCCCUGUUGCCAGUCUUGGGAUGCUUCCUUUCCCUUUUGGCCAUGACACACAGUCUUUAUAGUCUCUUACCCACUGAUUUACAGUAUCUCUCUCCAGUGUGUGUAAAAUAAGUUAACUCAAGCACUACGUCUAAUCAACCUCAUGCAGUCAUCAGUCUCUAGAACCAUUCAUGCCGGCCAAACUAACGUUAUUCUUGGCUCUUUCAGAGUGCCUUUCAGGUCACUGAACGUGGUAUAGAUUCAGCAGGCAAAUAUGUGACGUCAUUACAACCAGAUUUCAACCAAACAUCAUUUCAACCAACUUUGUAAAAUGUACAGGAACUUCAGGAUGUUCAAAAUGUAUGUGGCUUGUGCCCAGACUCCUGUCAAAGGGUAAUCACAAUAUACUGUUACCUGUCACCGACUGUUUUUUCCAAUCUAUCUAUACCCUGAGGCCUGUUCCAUUCUCUGAAAACUUUGUAAAUUUUGCUCUAACUUUAAAUGGACUUCCCUGACUCAGAUUCCCAUUUAGGAGAAAAUGGCUUCAUCCUACAGCCAGGUGUGGUCUCUCUCUCCAGUUCAUCAGACAGGGGAUGCGUCCCAAAUGCCACCCUAUUCCCUAUGGGCCCUGGUCAAAAGUAGUGCACUAUAUAGGGAAUAGGGUGUACAUUUGGGACUGUGACAGGGCUAUGUUGUGGCAGCCAACAGCAGAUCACUCUGUCCAGCUGUAUUAAUCAUCUCAUCUAACAGACUGAGAUAUUAGAUUACCAGUGUCUGGCGGGAGACUGUUACACCUCUCAUACCAAUUCACUCUGUCUGUCUCUCACCCUGGCCUGGUCUGGCAUCACCUCGUUCUCGUUAGAGGACUUCUAACCUGUCUAUGAUAUUCAUUUUCAGAAGAGAGUGGCUGUCAAAAUGGCAGGUUGACGUUGAGUGAUGAGUCUUGCCUUGGAGGCAGAGCUGAGAGAUUCCCCCUUAGAUAGGCUAGCUGCAAAGUCAAAAUUGGCUAUAUUGUAAAAAUGUAUGAAAACAAAAAUGUGCCUUUAAGGAUAGGGUUAGGUAUUAGGCUUAGCAGUGUGGUUAAGGUUAGGGUUAGGUAUUAGUCUUAGCAGUGUGGUUAAGGUUAGGGUUAGGCAUUAGGCUUAGCAGUGUGGUUAAGGUUAGGGUUAGGCAUUAGGCUUAGCAGUGUGGUUAAGGUUAGGGUUAGGUAUUAGGCUUAGCAGUGUGGUUAAGGUUAGGGUUAGGCUUGCAGUGUGGUUAGGGUUAGGUUUAGGCUUAGCAGUGUGGUUAAGGUUAGGGUUAGGCUUAGCAGUGUGGUUAAGGUUAGGGUUAGGUUUAAUGACGUUGUGGCAUUGCCAGCUAGUGACCACUCUGCAGACCUGCCUCCAGAACAAGAUUCAUAAUGAAAAACGCUAAAACGCUAACCUGCGUCAAAAUUUGUUGAUUUGUACUCAGAUCUAAACCAUUGACAAACAUGUUUAGUUGUCUUUUUUAAGCAGGAAAACCAGUAAUCGCCAAAUAUAUUUAAUAUCUCCAUUGGUCUUUCUUGAAACAAAAUUGCACAUGUUUUAUUAUGCAUACAUUCAAUUUUUCUUACAGAUGAACAUUUUUGACAAAAAUAAGGAUGGUCGCUUGGAUCUGAACGAUUUGGCCAGGUACUUCUGAUUGACUAUAUUACAAUUCUGAAUACUGUAGUACCAAUACCUUUUCUGACUAUGCUGUUUUGCUUGAUCAAAAUGUUGUUAAUUUAAUGUUUUCCUUUAGGAUCCUGGCUCUAGAAGAGAACUUCAUGUUACAGUUCAAAAUGGAUGUGAGUUCAGUUGAUGUGUUCUCCUAAUGCUCAUUACAGUCUAAUGCAAAAUCUUCUUAGGAAAUGGAAGAUGAAACUAACAUAAUUUACUCUGUUUACAGGCCUACAGUCAAGAAGACAGAAAGAGAGACUUUGACAAAAUAUUCAACCACUAUGAUGUUGUGAGUAUAGACAGAGUACCUUGGGGCUGAGAUGUUGGAUUUGAUUUGCAGGGCAACUGCUUCCUCUAUAUUGUCUGUAAAUUAAAUAUGAGUUGCAAAACAAGGAUGUUUGGUCUGCAUUCAGAGAAGAGAGAUUAGAAUUUUGGCAUGAUGCUCUUUUAAUAUGUUCUAUGUUCUCUCUUCUCCAUUGGUCAGAGUAACACCAGAGCUUUUAAUGAGUUCUAUGUUCUCUCUUCUCCAUUGGUCAGAGUAACACCAGAGCUUUUAAUGAGUUCUAUGUUCUCUCUUCUCCAUUGGUCAGAGUAACACCAGAGCUUUUAAUGAGUUCUAUGUUCUCUCUUCUCCAUUGGUCAGAGUAACACCAGAGCUUUUAGUAAGUUCUAUGUUCUAUGUUCUCUCUUCUCCAUUGGUCAGAGUAACACCGGAGCUUUUAGUAAGUUCUAUGUUCUAUGUUCUCUCUUCUCCAUUGGUCAGAGUAACACCGGAGCUUUGGAAGGUCCAGAGGUGGAUGGCUUUGUAAAAGACAUGAUGGAACUGGUCAGGGUAAGUUGUGGGGAAGAAUAUCAGACAAUAUCUUUAUGAAUGUGCCACAAACAUGUUCCUAUUAUAAUCGACUGUAUGUCUUUGUGAAAGUCAUGUGUUUGUAAUAACAUGGGACAAUAUGGUGUUGGGAAAGGUAGAAGACACAUUUUCGUUCAAACCAAUGGACAAUAACGUAUCUAUUGUAUUAUUCUAUUGUAUUGUAUAUCUUUGAGUCAGUCUUAAACAUGCUCCUAUAUGAUACCUAUUGUGUAUGUCCUUGUCAUGAACAUACUUCUAUCUGAUACAUCUCUGUCCUGGCUGGUCCUAAGGACAUCUAUUGUGUCCAGUGUUCUCUGUCCUGGCUGGUCCUAAGGACAUCUAUUGUGUCAAGUGUUCUCUGUAUCCAUCAAAAACAGAUGAAAUGCUCCUUGACCUUCACCUCUUGGCCUCAAGGAACUUACAGAAUAUAUUAACUUUAGGCCACACAUUCAAUAGAUAUUUAUUGUCCCGGAAGAGCAAUUUUUGUGCAACAUAAAAUACAUCUAUACAAACAUCGUUUCACUACUAAUGCCUUUUAACUGUUGAUCUUCCAUCCAGCCCAGCAUCACUGGUCCAGAGCUGGACAAACUGAGGGCUGUGCUGCUGGGACACUGUGACGUCAACAAAGAUGGAAAGAUCCAGAGGAAUGAGCUAGCACUGUGCCUGGGAAUGAAGGCCAAAAAGGCCUAGUACCCCUCUUCAUCAUACAGAGAAGAGAAGACCUACUAUUGACCCUUCCCCUCACUCUGAUGCAUCCAG